ACAUUCACAUUGUUGUAAAAUAUCAACACGGCCCAUCUCCAAAACCUUUUCAUCAUCCCACACUGAAACUUUUUUUUUUUUUAAGUUUGUAGCAGAGGAUAGUUUUAUUAGAGCAGCUGAAACUCUUUCUUCAUUAAAAAAUAACUCCCCAUUCUUCCCUACCCCUUCCACUCCUGGCAACUUCUAUCCUACCUUUUGUCUCUAGGAGUUUGGCUACUCUAGGUACCUCACAUAAGUGUAAUCAUAUAAUAUUUGUUCUUUUGUGUUUGGCUUAUUUCACUUAAAUUGCUUUAAUCAACAUCCUGGUUAUUCAAUAGCUAGAUUCUAAUUUGCAUCCUAUCCUAUAAGCUAUAUUUUAAAACAAAUGUUUAGCUUUUCUUACUUGAUAAUUUUUUCCACUUAUUGCUUAAGGACACUUCACUCCAGCAAAUUAUAAACUCAGAGCUCUUAACGACAAUUUAGUGUCUGCCAUAAAGAAAUUUUUAUUGGUCUACUUAUUCUGAGUGUCUUUAUAUUGUGAAUUGUUUUCAUUUGAUUAUAGUUUACGGGCACCAGACCUAUCAAAAAUUCCACCUAGCACCUUAAUGGUAGUCAACAAUAGCAAAUAGAACAACUCGGGCAGGAAGCAAACUCAGUUGACCAUACAGGAGAAGGGAAGUUCAUUCAUUUGGGCUGCUGAUAUGAAGGGUCUCUCUUUUCAUUGUAUGUGGUUUCCCGACCUGGCGCAGGAUCACCUCUAAAUGAAGAUAAUUAAAAACACACUUUCUUAUCUUAGCGGGGAGGGAAAAGUCAGAGUUUUAGAUGGUUGGAAACUAUCUGAGAACUGUCAAGGUUAUCUCAUCUUUCACUUGGGGCAUUAGCACUCUGCCAACAAGCCAAGUAAUUCUGGACAAAACACGAAUCCUCUGGAGGUCUCAUUGGUAAGACCCGCUUGUGCUUCCCGAAGCUGUCCACAUCACAGCACACACAGAACGUAGUACUGCAGGAUACAGGUAAACGGGGAGCAGCACAGCGCAGCACACCUGCAACCAACCGGAGGCCCUGCGUCCCCGCACCCAGCAGUGUGGAUGCUCUCAAGGAGCGCCCCGGCCCGCAGGUUCGUUCCAGCUGACGCGCCACGGCCAACUGUUACAGAGGAUGCGCUGAGGCUCCCGCUGUUUCUGAAACCAGUCGUCUUUCCCUCCUUGUAAAACAAAUAAAAUCUUCAUUCCUUAAGAGGAUUAAAGCGUAAAAAAGGCGCAAAAAGCCGCAAGUCACGCAAAAACCGAACGACCGCACUGUUCUAGCGCGCUCUCCGCCGAUCUUACGUCUCUUCCCAGCAGGCUCCAGGAGUCAUCGCGAGACUUCAUCAAUUCUCGCGAGAUUUAUCGGCAGCCAUCUUCUCGGGGGUGCUGGGAGCCGGGAAGACCCCCGGAAUCAUUCCCAUUGAGCUGCCCUUCGUCUUGGCUUUCUCCACUUUUGCCUCUUCUGCGUUGCCAACAAGCACCUGGUCCCGAGGCUGACAGAAAGUCCGGGUCUAGGCUCGCGCCGCGCUCCCAGUCCAGAAAGAUUCGGCGGGGUGGAGGGAAGGGGGAGGGCCCGGGCAAACCGUUGCUGCCUCAUACCGGGCCGGGGUCCGGGGAGAGGAGCCCCUGGUACCCCUGGGACUUGCAGCCUGCGGCGGUCUCCGUGGAGGUGUUCACCUACUGGGGCUCGCGGGAGCCUACCACCGGCGCCUCCCACCGCGGCCCACGCGGACGGUGCGCGGAGGAGGGGGCGGGGGCAGCGGCGGCUGUAGCGGCCGCGACCUGGGCUGGCUGAGGCGUCUGACGGGCCUCGGGGCCGCUGUGGAUGGUUUCUAAAAUGAUCAUUGAAAACUUCGAGGCACUGAAGUCCUGGCUCAGCAAGACUCUCGAGCCCAUCUGUGAUGCAGAUCCAUCAGCCCUAGCAAAAUAUGUUCUCGCUUUGGUAAAAAAAGACAAAAGUGAAAAAGAGUUAAAAGCACUAUGUAUUGAUCAACUGGAUGUAUUUCUUCAAAAAGAGACACAGAUAUUUGUGGAAAAACUUUUUGAUGCUGUGAAUACAAAGAGUUACCUACCUCCUCCAGAACAGCCAUCAUCAGGAAGCUUGAAGGUAGAAUUUUUUCAGCACCAAGAAAAAGAUAUAAAAAAGGAAGAGAUCAUAAAGGAGGAAGAGCGAGAAAAGAAGUUUUCCAGAAGGUUAAAUCAUAGUCCUCCCCAGUCAAGCUCCCGAUACAGAGAAAAUAGAAGUCGUGAUGAGAGGAAAAAAGAUGAUCGUUCUCGCAAAAGAGAUUAUGAUCGAAACCCUCCUCGAAGAGAUUCAUACAGAGACCGGUACAAUAGAAGACGAGGGCGAAGUCGCAGUUACAGCAGGAGUCGGAGUCGCAGUUGGAGUAAAGAGAGGCUUCGUGACAGGGAUAGGGAUAGAAGCAGGACUAGAAGCAGGAGCAGAACACGAAGCAGGGAAAGGGAUCUGGUAAAACCUAAAUAUGAUCUGGAUAGAACAGAUCCACUAGAAAAUAAUUAUACUCCAGUUUCUUCGGUACCUACUAUUUCAUCUGGCCACUACCCUGUACCUACUUUGAGUAGCACUAUUACAGUGAUCGCUCCUACUCAUCAUGGUAAUAACACUACCGAAAGUUGGUCUGAAUUUCAUGAAGACCAAGUGGACCAUAAUUCAUAUGUCAGACCACCAAUGCCAAAGAAACGGUGUAGAGACUAUGAUGAAAAGGGUUUCUGUAUGAGAGGAGAUAUGUGCCCUUUUGAUCAUGGAAGUGACCCGGUCGUUGUAGAAGAUGUGAAUCUUCCUGGUAUGCUGCCUUUCCCAGCACAGCCUCCUGUUGUCGAAGGACCACCUCCUCCUGGACUCCCUCCACCUCCACCAAUUCUUACACCCCCACCUGUGAAUCUGAGACCCCCCGUGCCACCGCCAGGCCCAUUACCACCCAGUUUACCACCUGUCACAGAUGAUAUUUCUUAUUCUUUGGUUUUGACAGGACCACCACCACCACUUCCUCCUUUGCAGCCAUCUGGCAUGGAUGCUCCUCCAAACUCUGCAACCAGCUCUGUCCCUACUGUAGUAACAACUGGCAUUCAUCAUCAGCCUCCGCCUGCUCCACCCUCUCUUUUUACUGCAGUUUUUGUAUUACCAGAUACAUAUGACACAGAUGGCUAUAAUCCUGAGGCCCCAAGCAUAACAAACACUUCCAGACCUAUGUAUAGACACAGAGUGCAUGCUCAAAGGCCUAACUUGAUAGGACUGACAUCAGGGGAUAUGGAUUUGCCUCCCAGAGAAAAGCCUCCUAAUAAAAGCAGUAUGAGGAUAGUAGUGGAUUCAGAGUCAAGGAAAAGAACCAUUGGUUCUGGGGAGCCUGGAGUUACUACAAAGAAGACUUGGUUUGAUAAACCAAAUUUUAAUAGAACAAACAGCCCAGGCUUCCAGAAAAAGGUUCAGUUUGGAAAUGAAAAUACCAAACUUGAACUUAGAAAAGUUCCUCCAGAAUUAAAUAAUAUCAGCAAACUUAAUGAGCAUUUUAGUCGAUUCGGAACCUUAGUUAACUUACAGGUUGCCUAUAAUGGUGAUCCUGAAGGUGCCCUUAUCCAAUUUGCAACAUAUGAAGAAGCAAAGAAAGCAAUAUCAAGUACAGAAGCAGUGCUAAACAAUCGCUUUAUUAAGGUUUAUUGGCACAGAGAAGGAAGCACCCAGCAGUUACAAACCACUUCUACAAAGGUAAUGCAGCCUUUAGUCCAGCAGCCCAUUUUGCCUGUUGUGAAGCAAUCAGUCAAAGAGCGGUUGGGGCCAGUGCCCUCCAGUACUAUUGAACCAGCAGAAGCCCAGAGUGCCAGUGCAGACCUUCCUCAGAAUGUAACUAAGUUAUCUGUGAAGGACAGGUUGGGUUUUGUAUCAAAGCCAUCUGUUUCAGCAACUGAAAAGGUGUUAUCUACAUCUACUGGCCUAACAAAAACGGUGUAUAAUCCAGCUGCUUUGAAAGCUGCACAAAAAACCUUACUUGUUUCCACCUCUGCAGUUGAUAAUACUGAAGCACAGAAAAAGAAACAGGAGGCACUGAAACUUCAACAGGAUGUAAGGAAAAGGAAACAAGAAAUUUUAGAAAAGCACAUUGAAACACAGAAGAUGUUAAUUUCAAAACUGGAGAAAAACAAAGCAAUGAAGUCUGAAGAUAAAGCAGAAAUAAUGAAAACAUUAGAAGUUUUGACAAAAAAUAUUACCAAGUUGAAAGAUGAGGUCAAAGCUGCUUCUCCUGGACGCUGUCUUCCAAAAAGUAUAAAAACCAAGACUCAGAUGCAGAAAGAAUUGCUUGACACAGAGCUGGAUUUAUAUAAGAAGAUGCAAGCUGGAGAAGAAGUCACUGAACUUAGGCGAAAGUAUACAGAAUUACAGCUCGAGGCUGCAAAACGGGGGAUUCUUUCAUCUGGUCGGGGCAGAGGAAUUCAUUCAAGAGGUCGAGGUACAGCUCAUGGCCGAGGCAGGGGUCGAGGUCGAGGUCGGGGUCGAGGCGUGCCUGGUCAUGCUGUGGUGGAUCACCGUCCCAGGGCAUUGGAGAUUUCUGCAUUUACAGAGAGCGAUAGAGAAGACCUUCUUCCUCAUUUUGCGCAAUAUGGUGAAAUUGAAGAUUGUCAGAUUGAUGACUCUUCACUUCAUGCAGUAAUUACCUUCAAGACAAGAGCAGAAGCUGAAGCAGCUGCUGUUCAUGGGGCUCGUUUCAAAGGGCAAGAUCUAAAACUGGCAUGGAAUAAGCCAAUAACUAAUAUUUCAGCUGUUGAAACAGAAGAAGUUGAACCUGAUGAAGAGGAAUUUCAGGAAGAGUCUAUGGUGGAUGACUCAUUACUUCAAGAUGAUGAUGAAGAAGAAGAGGACAAUGAAUCUCGUUCUUGGAGAAGAUGAUUUGACUGAUCAUUGAUCUGCAUUUGCUAGAACUCUACCUGUGUUUCAUUAGUAUUAUCUAAUGUACUUUUACAUAUUUGUAAAAACAAUUUUUGGUAAAUGUGAUAAAGAUGGAUUUCACAAAUACACAAAAGAGAAGAAAACUACCUUCUGAUCCUGUAUUUUGAAAGAUUGAUGUUUGCAUUUUAUUUCAGUAAACAAUUGCUAAAGACAUCACACCAGAAACAUAUGCAAUGUUUUUAUUACAAACUUCUACUGAAUAUUAUGGAACUCUGGGUUCUUUGUAAUUUAAUGAAUAGGUCUAAAACCUUAUGACCAAUACUUGUUAUAACUUAGAGGAUUUUGUUUUACUCCAAAUAAGGAAUGAAUUUGCAUUUAAAAUCUUAAUGAAUGUUUUCAAAACUGAAUAGAUAACAUAGUACUCUAACUAAAGUCUCCAAGUUAUGUAUUCAUAAUAUUACAUAGUAGUAUGCUUAGGCUUUACUAUGUAUUAGCCCUUUGUUGGACUUGUGUAUGUAUUUUACCAUAUGGGUUUUAAUGAUAAUGGUGUAUGACUGCUUUGCAUAUGACUCCUUAUGCAUUCAGAUGUUUAAAAUAAAGUGGAAUGGUCUCUUAAACAGAAAAGAAAAGAAAAAAAAGCAAUGAUAAAAAAAAAAGACAAUGUUCUUUGAUUUAAAAAAGAAAAAAAAAAUCAAAAAAAAAAGCUGAAAUAAAUAGACCAUUCCAGAUGGUGAUCUACCUACCCUUCCCCCCCCAAUUAUCACAGAAGGAGCUAUAAUCACUAACUUAUCCUCAGUAAUAAUGGUUACUGGUACCUUUACAAUAAUGUACAAUCCACUGUUUAAAAUUUAUAAUUAUACCACGUUUGGUUUGAUCCUAUAAAUUUUCAACAGAUGUCUUAAAAUUUAAAAGCAGGCUGAUUAGUUUGGAACCAGACUUCAAGUAGAGCUAACAUUUGGUGAAUAAGAAAACCAUCACAUUACAUUUUGGAUGUAUGAAAGAAAACUUGACCAUUUGAAGAUGUAUGAAUAAAGAAAUGUACUAUAGAUACUACUUUAGGAAAACACUGUUUGGUAAGUGUUCCAGUCUGAUAUUUUAAGUGUGCAUUUCCUAUGCUUGUAUAAAAAUCUUUGACAUUUGCAACAAUAUUGUGACUUUUAAGUGGAUUUCUCUGGCAAGUGAACACGAUCAUUUAAAGUUGAUACAGGAGUUUCCAGGAAAUAAAUGCAUUCUUUGUAGAAUGAGUGGGAGGGAGAUUACAUAUAUUUAUCUUUUAAAAUUCAUCAUUUCGGUUAUAAGUGUUUCUGCCCCUCCUGAGAUUAUAGUGAUUAUAUUAAAAUCCACAUUUAAAAAAAAAUCACUUUCUUUUCAUAUUGGGUUCUCACAAUCACAAACGGUUAAUUCUACCACCAUAGUCUUCUGCCAGUGGAGUAACUAGUGGAUUUUUCUCACACUUAGGGUUCAAGUUUAUAUAUAUAUUGUUGAUAAUACUAUUUCAUAGGAAUGUUUUGGCUUGCAAUUGCUACACAUGUUUAUAUUUAAGAAUUCAAAAUCAGAUUCCUUUUGUCAAAAUAGUGACUGUACUCCAAAACUUCUUCACUAUACUUAGAUCUGUGACAUGUUUUAUGUAGUCUUUUGUAUGUUGACUCUGCUAUUCUGAUUCGUUAGGUAAGUUUGUUUUCUUUUCUUUUUAGUAGUCGUGAAAGGUGCCAAAUUGGCAGAGGCUCACGUUUCUUCUCUUUACACCAAACAGCAGAGAGAGAUCAUCAUUGCCUGAAUUUAGCUUUGUGACUACAACAGCAAGACCUGUUCCUGUCUGGAGACGACUGUUAUAAUAUUCUAUCAUUUUAUGUUUGCCCUUUAUCAAUUUGAAUAGAUGUUUACAUGUACUAUAAUUAGCAUUUUUAUCUUUACAGUUCUCUAAGGGUACAUCUGAGUCCAGAAGUGUAUCUGAGUGUGUACUUUGUCCUUAUUCUUAAAUGUUUUCUCCCCUUACUUUAUAGUCAUUUAUUUUUUAAACACCAUACAAAGGUUUCUAAUAUGAGAGAAGUUCAGUCUCAGCCAAGUUGAGAAUUGUUUCUAGGAAAUCCAUAAAGCUAUGAUGCUGUGUUAAUUAGCACUAAUAAUUUAGAAUGAAGAAAAUGAUUAAAAAGUUAAACACGGGUUUGGUUUUAAUUUUUCUGGGUUUAGGAUAAUCACUUGAAAUAAUUUUAAACAGAUGGCAAAAUACUUUUUUACACACUGUAAUAACUUGCCUAUUUCUUCUAAAUAUACUUACUGUAGUUAUUGCCAAGACCACUUACUCGAAUAAUUUUUUUAAUUAGCUCUUUAAAACCAACAGGGAGAAUAAUUUUUCUUUCAAGUAAUGCAGGAUAACCUGUGGAUUAUAAAUAUUGAAAAAUAUCUAUUAGAUGUCUAAUUUACACAGUUUUUUCAUAUUUUCCUCACUUGCAAUCAAGCACUCAAAGACAAUCUUAAAAACAAAGGGAAAUAGUGUUGUGUGUCUAACAUUGUUAAAGACUACUAUAGUUUCCCUGUCUUAAAAUUAUAUGCCCAUGUUAUUUAUAACAACAUGGCUUAGAAUUAUUUAUAGAGUGUGAUUAAAUUUUAUCCUAAAUAUUUACCCAAAAUACCCUUUUUAUAAUGAGCACCAUAAAAAAAGUUUUCAGAAAAUUAAUUUUUGAGUGUUUCUUCAUAGAUUCUCAUGAGGCAUUUGAGAAGUUGGAAGUUGUACUUGGUAGUAAGUCUUUAUUAGAAAAGUCCAAAUUACACUUGAUUCUAUUCAACGUUAUCCAUGCUCAUAUUUUCUCCUUUUUUGUGUAAAGUUGACUGUUGUGCAAACACUUUUUUCUUGCGUAUGCAUUGCAUUUGUCUUCAUGAAAAAUAAAGAGUGAACACAUAA